AUGCCCCCGGCCUUGUUGAGCCAUGCCUCCCUCUCCGCGCCGACGACACUCCCGACAACGACACCACCGAUGAACAGACCUCGAGAGAUGGAUGCGCGCGGGGAGCAUGGACCCAGAGAUGCGGCUGUCUGUCCUACCGACGACGAGGCGGUGACGCCGAGGAAGCGCCCGAAUAAACAGAGCGUGGACUAUCUCUGGCGAAGUGGGCUCGCCGGCGGUCUUGCCGGAUGCGCUGCUAAAUCAGUUGUUGCGCCGCUUGACCGAGUCAAAAUCCUCUUCCAGUCCUCCAAUCCACAGUUCGCGAGAUAUGCCGGAUCCUGGGCUGGCGUUUUCGCCGCGAUGAGCACCAUAUACCGUGACGAAGGCGCUGUCGGACUCUACCGCGGGCACUCUGCGACGAUCCUCCGUAUCUUCCCCUAUGCCGCCAUCAAGUUUCUGGCGUACGAACAGAUACGAUCCGUCAUAGUCCACAGCCCCGAGCACGAAACACCUCUCCGACGACUCCUCUCUGGCAGUCUGGCAGGCGUGACGAGCGUCUUCUUCACGUACCCGCUCGAAGUCAUCAGAGUGCGCCUGGCAUUCGAGACGAGGAAAGACCACCGCAAUGGCCUCACCAACAUUGUCAGGACGAUAUACCACGAGCAGCCGGCGGCGCGCCGGCCAACCCCGUCGAUAACAUCGACUUCCGCGCCUGUCGCAACUGUCCAGGCGGCUGAGAAGGUUGCAGUCGAAACACUUCAUAAAGUCGCACCCCAAGGCGGCCUGAUAAACUUCUAUCGUGGGUUCUCGCCGACGAUGCUGGGAAUGCUUCCGUAUGCUGGGAUGUCGUUUUUGACUCACGAUACUACGGGGGAUUUACUGCGCCACCAUUCUAUCGCGAAGUAUACCACUUACGCAAGGCCGGCGGGAUACCCUGAAGGAAAGCCGGAUCCAUUGAAAUCUUGGGCUGAGCUAUUCGCGGGUGGUAUUGCGGGGUUGGUGAGCCAGACCUCGAGUUACCCGCUAGAGGUGAUCCGGAGACGCAUGCAAGUUGGUGGAGCAGUGGGAGAUGGGCGGCGGUUACGUAUUCGCGAGACGGCGGGGAUUAUAUUCAAGGAGAAGGGCUUCAGGGGGUUCUGGGUGGGACUGAGUAUUGGCUAUGUGAAGGUUGUGCCCAUGGUUGCUAUUAGCUUCUUCGUGUAUGAGAGGGUCAAGACGUGGUUGGGUAUUUAG